AUGUCCACCCGAUCAUUACAAAGUCAAAAUGCAAAAGCCGUACUGAUGUCCUCUGGGCCCGUCCGACAGCGCUCAAGACAAGCUUGUCUACCUUGCCGUCGGCGUAAGAGGAAAUGCGACGGGAAGUUUCCAUGCAAUGUCUGUCAGGGAUAUGACUACGAAUGUGAAUAUGACAAUUCAGGUCAAGCAACAUCUCAAAAGCGUUCAACUCCCUCCGAUAAUCAUCUGCCACCAAGAGGGAAAGUAGCGCGUGUGUCUCAUCAGCAAGAUAUCCCGACACUAAGUACCAGCUCAUCCAAAUUCUCAGAUGUUCUCGAGCCAUCAAAGCCUCGACACAUGGGGAAACACUCAGCAGUAGCAUUUCCCCUUUAUGUGGGACUGGAAUUUCAGGCCACCAAGCUUCCACGCUUACAUUCAUUUGCAUAUCAUGCGGGUAUCCGCGAGGAGCCGCCUUGUGCAGUUUUCUUCAAGAUCGUGGAAAGAAUCCAAUGGAACACAGCAAGAGCUCUGAUCGAUGACUAUGCAGCCAUAAUUCAUCCUGUAUUUGGAUUUUUAGACAUGAAUCACGUUUCCACGCUUUGCGAGAAGCAUUGGCACGGACAAACGCAAAACAUGGUUUUCGAAGCUUUAAUUUGUGGAAUGAUGGGUCUCGCUUCCCUGUUCAAGGGCACAUUGGACCAAGAAACCGAGACGUGGCUUAUUCUUCAUGCGAAAGAAAUCCUCGAAGAUUCUUCCAUCAGCCGUUUUCCUUGUCUUGAACAAAUCUCGGCGUGGAUACUUCGGGUGAUUUAUGUGCGCUCUACCGGACGACCUCAUACAGCCUGGCUCUGCAGUUGCAAUAUCAUACACCUUCUUGAAGCAACUGGCCUGCACCAUGUCUCUGAGUUCAUAAUACAGACCACUGGCCAUACUGUGCCAAACCCGGAAAUGUCCAAAAAUGUGACUAGACUUGUACAGGUGGCUAUCUGUCUUCAUACGUUUAUUGCAUUUGAAUAUGGAAGAUCAGUCAUGGUAUUCAAUCGGCAGUCCCUUGAAUCUUUGCGUUCUUCGUAUGGCCAUUCAGACUUGACAAUGCAAUUCUGUGGUUUAAUUGCAACAGUACCUAAAAAUCAAGGAACCGAGGAUUCUUCAGUGUCUAUCCAGGAACUUUCUUCUGUCUUGGAAAAUUUGACUGCCAUUACGGUGGAUCAUGACUUCCUCACACUUAUACGGGCAGAUCUUGCCUUGGGUAUAUAUCGUCGACUUCGUUUCAUGGACUCAAACUUCCAUCAAAGUCAGAACGAUCGAGUGAUUGCUGUAUGUUUAGCUGCCUUGUCAGCAGCACGGAGACUAGCCAGUGAUACCCAGCCAUGGUGGAACAUUGUUGGCACGGUGUUUCAAUUUGCGUGUGCUCUUCUUGUCAUGGACACCCCAGAUAGCUUUGAAAAGCUUCCAGAGACGAUGGACACUCUGGAGUUUAUUGUUGACUGCUUUAAGACGCAUUUAGCCAAGGAGGCCCUUUCGACAGCUCGACAGCUUGUCCAAGCCUCCCUGGACAAGAAAAGAAAAGGCGUCGCAACUCUUGAGCGAAUUAUCGGACUUGAUAUGCCGGAUGUCACGGUGAAUUCGCCCCCCCGAAAUAUUGCGGCUCUGAGCCCGCCCCUUACAUCUCAGUUCCCUGUUGAUCUUGAUUAUCUAUGGACUAUGGAUUCAAACAUGUCGAUAUGA